AUGAGUGGUACUUCCCAGACAAACUCAAGAGGCCUACUCGACAGGCGAGUGCGGGAGAGACGGCCGCUAUCCCCCUGCCACAACUGGAUAUCCGUGUGGAGAAGGGCUCUUGUCCCGGUCCACCAGCCUAUGAUGAGCACUCACUUCUGGGACAAUCGUACGAGCAACUCUGAACAAGCGGCCCCAGGAGGCAAAGCCAAGAUGACCGACGGCAGCGCCGUGAACCCGCCGCAACAGUCCGCGAAUGAAUGGGCUGGGCCUUCCAGGCCAAAUUUGAAGCAGUAUGUCGGAAAUUUUGGGAGGGACUGGAGAGGAGGAGCCCACCUCCAGCCCCGAAACCAGCUACGAAAGCUGAAUGGCUACGCACACCUCCACACUUGCGGCCGAAGCAUCUGA